ACAUAUACUUCCUGUUUUUUUUUAGCUAUUGCCUGAGAGCACCAAGAUGGCAGACAGAAUCUAUUUGCAAAGUGAUUGGGCGCAGAGUCUAAGGAAGGCAGAAGGUGAAGCCUGGGUGUCGUGCAAGAUAUCAGGAAAACCCACAGUUUACGGCAGUCUGAAGUGUCAGGGCUUAGGCCAAGAUGGGAUUCCUGAAGUCACUUCCUCAGAAGAGUUUGUUGUGUAUGAAGUUACUAAGAAGAGUAUCACCGUUUCCUGCCCGGUAGCGGGUGUUACCAGUAAAUUCCUGUCUCCUUAUACCAGCUUUCCAAGAAUCCAUGAAAAAAGUGUAACGUGCUUGGACAUCUCAUGCGCAGGAGGACUUGGCGUAUCCACAAGCACAGACGGCUCAAUGAAAAUCUGGCAAACUAAUAAUGGCGAAGUCAGAAGGAAGCUGGAAGGCCACAUCUUUGAUGUAAACUGCUGUAUGUUCUACCCCUCGGGUAUGGUUGUCUUGAGUGGAGGAAUGGAUGCUCAGGUGAAGGUAUGGUCUGUAGAAGAUGCCAGCUGCCCCGUCACAUUUAAAGGCCAUAAAGGAGGUAUACUAGACUUGGCUGUGGUGGAUCGUGGACGAAAUGUAGUGACCUGUUCUCGGGAUGGAACAGCCAGACUGUGGGAUUGUGGGAGGUCGUCCUGCCUAGCUGUGGUUGCAGAUUGCGGGGUACCUAUUAACGGUAUAUCUCUUGGUGAGGCAGACAACACAGUAAAUCUGGGAUCCCCUGCAGAACCCCCUAGUGAAAGAGAAAUUGGGACAGAAGGAAAGUUACUGUUACUGGCGCGGGAGGACAAAAAGCUGCAGGGAGUGAGUCUGCACAGCCAUGAACCUGUUUUCCUUUUUGAUGGGUCAGAUGCUUUCAACUGCUGCACCUUCCUCUCCAGUGUGAGCAUUCUGGCUGGUGCUCAGGAUGGUAACAUAUACCAGCUAGAUGUCAGGAACACAAAGACGCCAGUGCAGACAGUGUGCAAGUCAGGAGCCCCUGUACAUUCCUUGUGUCCGUUCAGAGAAGGAUUCAUCGCUAGCCAAGGUGAUGGGUACUGUUUUAUCCUGCAACAAGAGUCUGAUCACUUCGUAGAGCUAACAGACCCAGACUGUGAUCCUGUAUAUAAGGUGGCUGUUUGGGAGAAACUAGUUUACACGUGCUGCAGAGAUGGGAUUGUCCGGAAAUAUCAGCUCACAGAUCUGUGAUAGAUAAAUUUAUGAACAGGUGGCAUUGGGGGCUUUCAAAGGCUCCAGUGACCAAAAACAAAAGUGCUUUUUUUUUUUUUCUAAGAACGUUUGCGAGUUUGUUGGCUUGAACGGGAGAGAAUCAGACAAUAUGAAUACAUUGAAUCAUAAAACUCUAAAAUAACGAUUCAGAUAGAGAAUACAAUUUUGAACAACAUUCCAAUUUACUUCUAUUAUCUAAUUUGCUUUAUUCUUUAGAUAUCCUUUGUUGAAGAAAUAGCCAUGCAAAUGUGUGAGCCAAUCACACAAGGCAUCUAGAUAUGCUUUUCAGCAAAGGAUAUCAAGAGAAUGAAGCAAAUUAGAUAAUAGAAGUAAAUUAGAAAGUUGUUUAAAAUGGUGUGCUCUUUCUAAGUCCUUAAAGAAAACCUUUGGGUUUAAUGUUCCUUUAAGGAAAUAUGCUGUUGAGUGUGACCCAUUUAUAAGUUUCAGCACAGGAAUAGGACUGAUGAUUUCACUGGCUAUGAACCUGCUAUGUACACACACAGACUCUGCAGGAGCAGUUGAACACAGCCGAGCAACAUAUUAUAACUGAAAUAGAGGUGCAUUUAGAAUAAACGUAGCACAGGGAUUUAGUGUAGAGUUAGUGUUAACCCCUUAAAUGUCAGAAUGGGCUUCAAGAUAAAGCUCAACCCUAACUCUAAAAAUCUUAGGCUACCUACAUUAUUUGAUACAUUCUAAGUUUUGAGCUAUUUUGCAUGUACAGUGUCAGGAUUUAAAAAGUAAACCCUGCCAAUGUACAGUUUUAGUGGGUGUGUAAAAAAAUAACUAAAAUAAAUAUUAAUGCCACCCUUAAAGUAAGAGAUGCUGUAAUUCAUGCAGGUGUUAUGUGCACAAAACAUAAAAAAAUGUAUGGGCGUCUGGAAUUUAUUUAAUUCUGUUUUAUAAAGGAUUGUUAAGUGUAGCCUAUAUUUUGGUACAACGCUGAAUAAAAACGUUGAUUUUGUAUAA